UGGCAAUGCUCUGUUCCUCAUCGUUAUUUUGGGCAUCGGAGGAAGCUUUCAGGCUGGUUACCACAUCACCGGGCUGAGCUCCCCGUCCCCGUACAUUCAGCGCUUCAUCAACAGCACCUGGUGUGACAGGCAUGGCAUGCCUCCAACUCCUCAGACGGUCACCAUGAUCUGGUCUCUCAUUGUCUCCUUGUUUGCUGUUGGGGGACUACUUGGUGCUGUUAGUGUCAAAUUCAUCUCAGGCAGACUAGGAAAAAAAAGAGCGAGUAUCUGCAACAGCUUUCUUUCUGUUGUUGGAGCUGGGAUCAUGCUGACAAGCAAGUGGGCCAAAUCUUAUGAAAUGAUUAUUGUGGCAAGGAUCCUGUAUGGGUACUCAGCAGGUUUGGGAUCGAGCCUCCAUUUGAUGUAUCUUGGGGAGAUUUCACCCAGAAAGCUAAGAGGCAUAGUGACUCUAACCUCAGCCACAUUCUUGUCCCUUGGUAAACUCUUUGGACAGUUUUGUGGAUUAAGUGAGAUCCUUGGUCGCGAGGACCUGUGGAACAUCGUCCUCUGUGUCCCUGCAUGUUUUUCAGUGCUGCAGAUUAUCGUGCUGCCUUUUCUUCCCGAGGCUCCCAGAUAUUUAUUCAUAGAAAAGGGUGAUGAUAAGGCAUGUAAAAGAGCCCUCCAGAGUCUGUGGGGUAAAGGUGACUACAAACAGGAGAUGGAUGAGAUGCUUACUGAACAGCUGGCCAUUGAAGCUGCCCCACCAAAGAGCCCUCUGCAGCUGCUUAGGGACAGGACUGUUCGAUGGCAACUUAUCACCAUGCUCACCAUCUAUGGUUGUAACCAACUGUCAGGCAUGCCUGUGAUCAGUACCUUCUCUUUUGACAUUUUCCUGGAGACAGGUAUUCCAAAAGACAAGAUUCGCUACGUCACUCUCGGUCUUGGAAUUUGUGAAAUCGUCACCUCCAUCUCCUGUGGUCUUCUGAUUGAGCACACAGGGCGGAGGCCGUUGUUCUGGGGUGGGUAUGGUGUCAUGUCUGCAAGCUGGGUGUUGGUUACCAUCACUCUUAACCUGAAGGAUUUGUACGACUGGCUUUCAUACGUUACUCUUACUUUGAUCAUCCUCUAUAUCAUCUUCUUCUGUGGAGGACCUGGACCAGCUGCAGCUACAAUCAACAGCGAGCUCUUCAUCCAGUCUAAUCGACUGGCAGCUUUUGUCCUCAUGGGGCUGCAGCGAUGGUUCAUGUUUGCAACGCUGGGCCUAAUCUUUCCAUUCCUCAUUAAUGCCCUCGGGUCGUACCUCUUUUUGCUGUUUGCCAGUGUAUGUCUGUUUGGAAGUAUUUAUACCUUUUUACUUCUGCCUGAGACUAAAGGCAAAACUCUGCUGGAGAUCUCUGAGGAGUUUAGAGCCAUUACUGUCUGUGGGAAAUCCUUCGUAGAGGAAGACAGAGUAGAGACCAGGUUAUGAGGCAGAGUCGACACAGCUAGGCUGUAGCAAAGAGAACAAGCAACUGUUCAAAUGUCUGAAAACUCCAAAUGAAACAGCAGUUUUCUCUUUUUCAGCUGGGAUCUUUGAAAGGAAUGGAAAAUUUCUAUUCUAAGAAUUUCCGUGCACCUGAAGCUGUGAUUAAGAUAACUAUAAAGCUAAUGAUUUUACUAAUAUUUUUCAAUGGUCUGCAGUUUUUAUAUAACAUUACAAAAAGAAGCAGUUCCAGAUGAGUGCAGUUGUACCAUCACACAGGAGGUUACCUGCGCUGGUACAGCUGCAAAGUGUUUGUCACACAGAGGUCAGAAGAUUCCUUCCUCCUGCUUUUGAGCAAUAAAUCAUCCACUGCUCCCUCUGGUCUCCUUUGGACUCUGCAGUCUGUUACUGGACGACUGAAGGGAGUGAAAUUAACUGAAUCUGUUCCGCAAGAUCUCACAACAUCACAACACUGCCUUUUUUCUAUUAUGCUCGCUUUCCUCAUGACCUAAUGAUGGAGCUCACAGAGGACCAUGUCUGGAAGCCUGACAGGACACAGACCAGGCCCUUUCAGAGGGACCUUUGAAGACGGGUCAUACUCACACAACUGUUUUCUUUUGCUGUUGACAUGAUACCACAUCCUCAAAGCAAGACUGUGAGAGUGCAAAGGAGCAGCUACAACGGACAGUCAGUUAUGUUUUGUAUAAAGGUGCAGCCAUUUGAAUAAAAACUGAUCUAUUAAUGUCAGUUAUGCAGUAAAACUGAGUUUGCACACAUUAUGCAACAUCUGCUGUAAGUUACUGGUCACAUCAGACAAACUAAAUCUGCUGCUCAGUUUCUUUUUUUUAAUUUACAAAACAGAUUAUUUUCUUCUGUUUCUCCUUGGACUAUUGUGUUUCACGUGUUAUUUGCAUGUUCAUAUAGUCUGUAUCAGCUGAGGUUUGCAUAAUUUGCUGUAAUGAGGAGGAAGGAGCACAAAAAAUGCCAAGUCCUGGUCUGUGAGUCCACUUCACUGCCAUUUAGUCUUAGGAUUUAACUUACUGACUAAUCUUUGAAGGUGUCCUCUGUCUUAUCUCUACCUAGCAGCUGCCAGUAGCCACUGGUCCCCAUUAGCUGCUAAAACACUCUUCUCAGUCUCACUCUCGGGGGAUUUGAGCUACGUGUGAUUGGCAGUCUGUUCUGAUCAUAUUGUACUGAUAUCCUGCUGUGCCUGAAAUCCCAGAAGGAUUAAGCAAACAAUUAAAUGGUGGGGAAAGUGGAAAAUCCUACCGUUUUAAGACUGGGCAUGUCUCUGUAUCCUGGGCUUUUAUAAGAAG